AUGGAUCUAUCUACGACACCGGCAAUGCCGCCACCGGAUGGUCAAACGCCACAGUUUGAUGCACCCUACAAUUCUUUACAGAUUCGAACGGUGGUCGCUUUUGGAGUCACGUAUUUCUUCGCUUCUUUUUUCCUCGCUCUACGUUAUUUUCAGGCUGCCAAGCUGGUUAAACAGGUUGAGAUAGAUCUAAUUAUCCUCACUCUUGCUUACGGCCUCUCCUUAUACUACUUCAUAACAUUGGUCAACCUAAUGAGCCAUGGCUGGGAGAAACAUCUAUGGGAUGUGUCGCUAGCACAAAUCAUGGAGUUCAAUAAAGAAUUGCUCCCCAACACCCUGACCUAUUUGAUCACUCCCUCCAUCACUAAGAUGGCCAUGCUGGCUGUCCUUUUCCGCAUCAAUCCUUCAUUAAUUUACCGCUGCGUCGUUGUCAGCGCUGCCGUCGCAAUCCUCGCCUAUACUUUAACCUUGACCAGUAUUACCGGCGGCCCGUGUAAUCCUCUUAAAUCUGGAACGACCAGCUGUUUAGAGAACGUGGCUUUAGCACAAGCUGUGAUGAACAUCGUCUCCGACUUUGCUGUCAUAGCUAUACCCAUCCCAACUAUCCACAGGCUUAACUUCACAUUGAAACAGAAGCUCUCGGUUGGGUGCAUUUUAGCUAUAGGAUCUGGUGUCGUUGUUUGCUCCAUAGCUCGUCUACCGUACGUUCUCAUCCUCGACAAAACUACCGAUGUUACCUAUACCGAGGCCAUUCUAGCCGUGAAGUACUUGCCCCAGCUUGGAUUCUUCUCUUCGAACAAACAUGAGAGCGAAACCCAUGAUUCGAGGCGCAAAUGCCUCCACAAAGAUGGGGACAACGCCCAACGAUCGUACCAGCUCCACAACGUUCGAAACGAAAGAGUUGAGUCAGGCUUCGACAGCGGAACCAGCGACGUAUACAGAUCCGGCCCGAGAAGCAGAGACUCGGAUAACGGGAGCACCGAUAAAAUAUUGGGUUAAUAUAUGGCUGGGAAGAGAUGGGUAUUUUAUUUGUCAAUUUUAGAGAUGGGAUCUAACCGGGCCUCAAAUUAGACUUUUUGAGCAAUCGAUUUUCUCAAAGAAAUGGUAUACGGCGUUCAAAAAUGUGGAUUGGUGAUUGGAUUCAGUAUUAUAG